GCCCCAAAUCACCCGCUCACCGAGAAUUUUUGCGCGUCGUGGCAUGUGUUACGAGCGAAGCGGUCGUACUACCUUGUUGCCUCCCUGCAUUGGGCUCUUGCGUUGGCGAGUCUACGCCUCACCUCUUUGCGGCACACGCGUCAACCUUCAACUUGCUAUCUUAAUCACAAAACGGCCUCCAUCAUGAUACUCACUCGCGCCAUUAUCAUCCCUUUUGCCCUCUACACCUUGUUCAAUUUUACUUCAAUGCUCCUCGAAGUGCCCACACUCCGACUUUUCGAGCAUGCAAUUUGCGUUAGGUCAAACCAGCGCCUGGAGGUUGACGAGGCUGAGUGCAAACCUGCCGGCAUUCAGAAUAUGCUUUCGCUGGUUGUCGGCUGGAAGUUGACGCUGGAUGCAUGUGCAGGCCUUUUGACUGCGAUGUUCUAUGGCUCGGUCGCUGAGCGCCUUGGAGAGAAACUGGUCUUAUUGCUCUCGUUAACAGGCUUCGUAGCCAUGCAGUUGGUAGACAUCGUCAUCUGUUCAUUUCCGCUUCGUUUCCCAGUUCAGGCCGUCUGGUUUUCGUCCUUCUUCUUACUCAUUGGGGGUGGUCAAAGGAUCUUCAACUCGAUGAUUUUCACCCUUGUCUCUAACGCGCUCGACGAAGCAAACAGGACCACCUAUCUGUAUUGGCUUGCGUUCGGGCCGCACUGCAUGAGGUUCAUCGCUCCCAGAAUUGCCGCGGGUCUCAUGGGAGUCGGUUUACUGGAACCUUUUUGGCUGGGUAUUGGUGUUAUCGCUCUCAUGAGUUCCAUCAUACCGUUGGUGGUCGAGAGUAAUCGCACUCGGCCGAGGAAGAUAUCAAGCAAUGACUACCUACCCAUUAGCCGAUCUGAAGGGCGAGAAAGCGAGACUUUCUCGCGAAGUUCGAGCAGAGAAGGUUCUGAAAACGCCCUCGCACCUCGACCGAUCUCCAGGCAAGCCUCAGGCGAGACGCCUUCACGCGAUGAACCUCCCAACAAUAUUCGCCAACGAGUUUCGAAGUUCCUACUGGCAAAUUUCUACGACAUAACCACGUUCCUGCGCGUCCCCAAAGUGCUGUUCUGCCUUUCAACGGUAUUUCUGAAGAGAAUUGGGUUCGCGAGCAGCGCCUUCGCCUUUCAAUACGUAUCGGAAAGGUUUGGGUGGCAGCUACAUCAGACCACCUGGCUGAGAGUUGUCUCGGGGGCAGGCGCCAUUGCCAUCGGAAUCGCCGCGCCAACUAUUACCACCUACGUUAUCCGAACAGGCGCAUAUCCACCCCUAGUCGACUUGAGCUCAAUCCGCGCAGCCCUAACGAUACUAUGUGUAUCCUUCUUUGCGACAUGGAAAGCCGCUAGCAGCGCGAUGAUCAUGUUUUCAAUGUUCGGGAUCGGGUUUGGGGAGGGUCUGGAACCCGCAUUACAAGGGUUCAUUUCCUUCGCAGCAGAGUCAAUCAGCAGCUCGAGAGUGUUCACGACUUAUGCGUUCUUCGAUGCCGCGGCAGAGCUCACGGCCGGACCGCUGAUAGCGCGACUACUGGCUAUCGGUAGGACGGAAGACCAUCCAUCAGAUGGAGUUUGUUUCUUGGCAUCCUCGGUAUAUUUCUGAGAACCCCUCCACUAACAGACCAUGAACAUCAGCUGACGCUCUCAGGGCAUCUUUGCAUUUCUACUGAUGUGGGCGUGCUGCAUC